AUGCAGGCAUCCAGCAUCCCGCGCUGGAUCGCAGCUCUGGGGCUCGGUCUAAUGAGUAUCCUGAUGGGAGCCACCCUCCUCGAGAUAUCCAUCAAGUACGCAGCUGGCAGCAACAGUCUAUUGCUUCAACCGACUGAAUUCCGCAAAUGGUGGACAUCUGGCUUUGAUACCUCCAACAGCUCCCGCUAUCUGAUCGAUUAUUGGCAGUUGUCCACACUGGAUUCCCUAGUGGUGGCCAACACCCCACAACUCGUCCUUACACUAAGCUACUAUUUCUACAACGGCGUGCUGACCAACAUGCUCGCCGCCGCAGAGUACAGCAGCUACGCUGUUCAUCGACGCCCACUCCGAGUCACCUUCCCUGUCCGCAACAGUGGACAGCGAUCCACUCAUUGGCUUAGCAUUCCGCACACAUAUAGCAUCCCCGUGGUACUGGCGUAUAUGCUUCUGCACUGGAUGGUCUCGCAGAGCCUUUAUUAUGAGCAGACGGUUCCGUACGAUCUGUCCGAUCGGCCAGACAGACGCCUCGAGAUCAGCUCGCUAGGAUAUGCGCCUCUGCCUAUUUUCCUGGCGUUGCUUAUUGCGGCUAUCAUGCUGUGUGUUUUGAUGGGGAUAGGGUGCAGGCGGGUUCGGUCUCAGAUGCCCUUGGCGAGUAGUAAUAGCGGCGCUAUUAGUGCGGCCUGUCAUCCCCCCAAGGGCGAGGCGCUAGGCACGGCUGUGGUAGGGCCGGUGAGCUGGGGGGUAGGGGUGCAGUGGGAAGGGCGGGAAACAGGGCAUUGUAGCUUUAGUUCGUUGAAGACGGAGCAGCCAUGCGCUACGAGAGAAUACUGCUAA